AUGCUCGGCUUUGCUGUCCUGUUACCGUGGAAUAGCAUGAUUACCGCUAUCCCGUUCUUUUUGGAGCGGCUGUCGGGUUCAGCACUUCGUAGCCUGUUCUCUAGUUAUUUCAGUGCGAUUUACCAGCUGGCGUCUUUCGUUGCUCUCGCCCACGCCUCAUACACAGCAGCUACGGCAUCUAAAUCUCGUCGAAUAACCGUUUCUCAUGCAGUUCUCACGGUCACCCUCGGCUCUCUUUUCAUCAGCACACUCAUUCCAUCAGCACCCCUCCCGUAUUUCUGCUUCGCUCUCGCAAUGGGCGCGACGCAAGCUAUCGCGGGCUCUUAUCUACUCACAUCGGUGGUAUCCUACACCUCAUACUUUGGAGCUAUGGCUAUGCAGAGCAUGAUGUCUGGACAAGCCGCCGUUGCAGUCAUUGUUUCAAUCGUUCAGUUGAUCAUCACACUCUCUACUUCAAGUAGAAAGCCUUCCGGCGAUCACCGCCCUCCAAAGUCGGGUCCUGCGAGGUCACCAAUAUCAAAGUCGGCAACCUACUUCUUCCUCAUUGCCACAUUCGGGCUCUCCUUUUCCUACAUGGCAUACAGGCGUCUGACACGGAUGCCGUUGUUCAGGAAGACUGUUGCAAAGUUUGAGGGUGCAAAGAUUAGCGCCGUAGCUGCGCAGUAUGCGGCUCUCCCUGAAGAUGAUCCAACGGCGCCAUUGACGGCCGGGAUUGAUUCUGAAGAUGAGGAGGAUGGAGCCCUCCUUGCUAUGAGUGCAUCUGUUGGGUCACUUCGAGACCAGGAGCGCACUCCCGAGACACAAGCCCAUGCCAAUCAUGAUUUGGAGAGGGACACGGCAAGGGAAGGUGCCGCCGAGUCGGAACCCUCGGCAUCCAUCAGUUUUUGGAAAGUUUGGUGGACCAACGCAAUGUACAACGUGUCGGUCAUGAUUAUAUACAUCGUGACGCUGGCCCUCUUCCCCGCUGUCACAGCCGCAGUGCGAUCAGUGCGACCCGACGCAAAACCUCAAGUUUUCACUGCCGUCCAUUUCUUGGUCUACAAUUCUUCAGAUUGGUUCGGAAGGUUCAUUUGUUCCUUCCGCAUCUUUCAAAUUUGGAGUCGAAAGAAGCUGAUGGCACUGAGUGUCUCUCGCAUCGUCUUUGUGGUCCUCUUUCUCGCAUGUAACGUCAAUCUUAGCGCCACGCCUCCGGAAACGGGCACUGAUCCGGCGCUACGAUCCUUACACACCAAACCAGAGGGUUCGAGCGGUGAUGUUCCAUUGAUCAAUUCGGAUGCCGCCUUUUUUGCACUUCUCGCCGCGUUCGGUGUGUCGAAUGGAUGGCUCACUAGCUUGAUUAUGAUGGCCGCACCGAGUCUUGAGCAUAACAAACGGAUGCGAAAGGAAUGGGUAGACGUUGCCGCUGUCGCGACCAGUUUCAGUCUCGCCACGGGUCUCGUUCUUGGUUCGAUUGCAAACUUUGGAAUACGUGGAAUCGCUUGCGGAUGCAAUCCUCUCGUGCAUUAG